AUGGCAUUUCCGUGUUGCGUGGCUUCUCGGUAUCGUGGAAUGUACAAACGAUAUGGAUGCGACGCUUCGGGUGUCACUGGAGGAGUCACCGGAAGUGCAUUUGGCACCACUACGAGCGGAGUUGGUGGCCUCUCUACCAUUGGUGGCACGACAAUGGGAGGUACCACUGGAGGAACCACUAUGGGAACAACAGGCGGAACGACUAUGGGUACAACUACUGGUGGUACUACGGGCGGCACUACCGGUGGCACCACUAGCGACUCUGGCAUGAGUACUAGUGGUACAAGUGGCACGACUGGCGGAACGACUGGUGGAGGAACUACAGGUGGAACAUCAGGAACAUCUGGAGCUGAAGGCACGGGCACAUCGGGUGGUGAUAUGGUUACUAUGUGA